AUGACGGCAGUAGCAACAGCAACAUUGGCGACGGCGGCGGCGGCGGCGGCGACAGCAACAACGGUCACAGCAGAGUGCAAGUCAACAACGGCGGCAGGCGUUAGCAGCGGCAACAACAACAGCACUGGCAAUCACAAUAACAUCGGUAGCAGCAGCAGCAGCAGCAGUACCACCAACAACAGCAACGGUGGCAACAUUAGCGACUCUGUGAACGGACAUAACCAUCAUCAUCACCACCAUCACCACAGGCAUCAUCAUCUGCUGGAAACGCCGUCCAGCAGUUCUGCGGGAUUAACAGCAGUAGCAGUAGCAUCAGGAGGAGGAGGAGGACACGGCAGUUGCAUAUGCAUGGCCAUGCCCGGGGUCAUGCGCACCCACCGCAGCACGGGCAUCCCCAUCCAUCCCAGCAGCAACCACAACCGCACCCGCAUCCCCAUCCGCAUCCGCAUCCACAUCCCCAUCAGUAUCAACUGCAGUCGCUAA